AUGGCUGGCGUUUGUCGUUCAUUUUCGGCCUCGGGAUGGGAGGAUGAAGCUGCGUCUAUCAUUAACUCAAUAGUAUCCGCUAUCGUCGCCGAGUGCAAAGCUAGGGGAGAGCAUAUCUCUGAUCCUCUAGCUGCAUUUAUGGUGUGUGUUGAUCGAAUAAUGGAAAAAAAUUCACCCUCUCUGGAUACCAUAAAAAUGCAGAUUUUUUUCGACAUGAACUACAUGCCAAGAGACUUAUUCCUGAAAGAACAUGAAGAUAUCGUUGCAACCCGUUUCAAACCUGUACUUGAAAAAAUAUGUGCUCCUGUUAGAAAUAUUCCAGAAGAUUAUGAAGCUAUUUAUCGCUUUGUCAUCACCGGAACUCUUCUCUACCCUGGCCUUGGUUCAGCGAAACGCAUGGCAGUUGUUCGAGAAGCCACAUCUAUACUGCAAACCUAUUUGCCAAUCGAUGAACUACCAAAGUUUUGCUCCAUGCGUCCAGAACGGCGCGAGCAAAGGUUUUUCGAGCUUGUAAGACUUGUUUUGGGAACACGAGUUUACAACUUCAGUUUGGGUUUUGGUGGUGAAGGCAUUGACAACCUACCCGAACUGGUUGAGGAAGGUAUACGCAAAACGGUUGAAACGUUAGACAAACAAUUGGAGGAAGUUGAGAAUCAUGCUGCACUUUUUACAAGUCUUUACCUAAAGCUUGCGGCUUUUGACACAAAUACUGAAACUUUGGCAAACGUGGCAGCCAUCGAAGCCGAAAAGAUGGGCAUCUCACGGAACCUACUAAAGACGGCGACAAUUAACGCACGACAGUUGGCAGUCUAUCUGCGUUUGUUGCGUGGCAACCUUAUCGGCUUGGAAAGUGGCCACCAAGAAAACAAAGAUAAGCUGGUUAAAGUUCUUGGUGAGAUUCUGCAUUCCCUUAGGAAUAAUCAGAGUACCCUCGACCCUUCUUUCCAGAAGCGCUUGAUCGAGUUAGCUAGACUGUGGAUGAAAUUUAAAGAAGACGUGACCUUUAUUGCAAUGCUCUCAAAUCUACUCCAUAGUCUUCAGCAAUUCAGCUUUCGUCGACAUGUUCUUUUGGAGGCCUCGCGGCUACUCAAUUUGAUUCACAGAGCCGAAAUUGUGUGUGACGAAGUGCGAAAGAAAGCUAACACAAAGGUUCAACCCAAAGCGCAGGACAUCUCCAAUUGGGUAUUUCCAGCUCCAAAUUCAGAGGUAAAAGUUGACUUAAAUGUAAGUUUCUAUCCCAUUGUAUCAUUGCGCCCCAAGGGAUUUUGUGCAUGGUCUAUCGUCCGCUACCAAGGUCUGCCCAUUCCCUGCACGCCCUGUAUUGGAGUGUUUGUGUUUAGAGGGAAAAAUUAUGGAUUCUCUUCAGUUGAGGCUGCCAUGGAAUUUGGUUCUGCACCUGAAAGGUACAUUGCGGAGCUAAAUGAAGUUGCACGCAAAAAUGCCGAGCUGAUAAACCUUCUUAAUAUGACCUCAACUUUCCAAAAGGAAAAUGCAUUCUUCCCCAACGAAAAGGAUCCCGUGGAAUCAAAGCUUUUAGUUGAUGAGGGUAUUCAGACUGUAGUGCAUCCAAUUCCACGUCAUAUAGACUCGAAGUAUACGUGGAAUGAAUGGGAACUCAGAAGACGAGCAUUACAGCUGACCUACGUACGCAAAUGCGUGACGCACAGUGUGCAGACGCGUUUGAGCAACUGGAGGCGAGACAAUGAUACACAAGUAUACCUUCCCAAGCUGAAAUCCAAUCAAACGAAACGGGACAACUAUAGCCAAGUGCCGAGGCCAUCGGUCUAUCUCCACGGACUGCGUGGUGGCGUGAGCGUAGCGAAGGCUAAGGGGGCGGAUGAAGCUCUUGAGGGGUCGCCAUAUUCUAAUUGGUGCAAGGUGUACCGUUUUGUCGACUCCGUUAAAAUGUCCAGAGUAACCGAGCUCUUCGGUUCCGUCAACAGACAGCGUUGCGUCUCUUUGCUGCGACAGCUGGCGCCAGUCCGACCCGCACCAAAUGGAGCCUUUGAUUCGGCUAUUGUAAUUCCCCUCUGCUACUAUGACCGCCACCAUCCUGCUAUCUUGUUUACGAAACGCAGUCUUCUCGUGCGCCAUUUUCCAGGUGAGGUAAGUUUUCCUGGCGGGAAGAUGGAGCCAUGUGAGAGCGUGUCUGAAGCGGCAUUGCGGGAAUUAGAGGAAGAGGUCGGAAUUCCGCCCAGUUUUGUGGAUCUUUGGACUGCCUUCGCUCCCUUAUCCACAAGGACAGUGUUGAGUCGUAUCCACCCACUGGUUGGAUUUAUCGGUAACUAUGACCCAUCAGAGAACACAAUCAACCAGCAAGUUGAUGGAUCAGUGCACUCUGCGCGUCUCCAGCCGAAUCCCCAUGAGGUUGACAUGGUCAUUUUUCGCUCGAUAAAAUGGCUUUCGAACCCUGCGUAUCGAAGGUAUUGUGUUUAUCGUGAACAAUUUUGUCUUCCCUUCACCGGAGCGACAACUUUUCUCGGGUCUCCUUGUGAAAAUUCACGCACGUUCCGAAAAAAUGCCACCUCCACUUUGCCAGUUUUUGGGGGUUGUCCCGGAACUGCUGAGCUCCCAAAAAUCACAGGAGCUACGGCUCUCCUUACCUACCAGCUUCUGGCUUGUCUCUUGCCACAGGGACUUUGGUCUAUCUUAAGAUGCAACUGUCCCGUAGGUGUUUUUAAGAAUCUCGUACGGAGUUUUGCUGUCAAGAAAAAACCAAAUUACGGCGAUCAACCGGAAAAAAUCAAUAAGCCUGUUUUGGUAAAGACGCUGCGUGGUUUUCAGUUCAAUGACGGAGAUCAUGUCUACAAAGGUGAUAUUUUGGUGCGGCAAUUAGGUAUGGAGAUCUACCCAGGUGAGAAUGUGCAGCUGAACAGGGAUACAUGGGAUCUUGUCGCUCUGCGUGGUGGUAGGUUUACAAUCACCACGGAGACUCUGUCGCCCUAUCCAGAUAGCCCCUUAUAUCCCGUGGUCAAGGAGCAGGGUCGCGUUUUGCGACGCCCAUUUGUGCACGUCAUCUCACCCCCCACUGUGUCUGUUUUUAAAUUAAAACGUUAUCUAUAG